UUUUUAUUUACCACAACCGGAUUCUUCACUCUCUCUGCGCAGCGAUCUCAACACUGUCUCAAAUUUCUUCGAAGCAACCUUGUUCGAUCUUCCUCAUCUGGUUUCGUUCCAAAAUCGUAAGCUUUCGUUAUGUUGAUUACAUAUGUUCUUCUUACCGCUGGUAAUUCUGGUCUGUACCAAUUUUAAAGUUAAGAGAUUGAUGAACCCUAAAUUGUUCCUCUUUCUAUCGUAAUCGUUGAAAUUUCACCUAGAUUUAUCGCGAUGUAAUCUCGUAAAGUGUUAGGUUAUAACCAGAAUGUUAUUUGUGAUGUUUGUAUAAACGGAAACCAAUCAUUGUGUCGAAGUGAUCGCGUUUUUACUCAUAAACCCUAAUUUCGAGUGCCAUUAUCAGAUAAAACCACGCGUUGAGGACCAUGCCCGUCCUUUACGAGCAAGAUAAGCACGUCUCCUCUGCUAUUUUGACCGGACAGGAGAGAGGUGUGCUUAGAUGUCAGGAGCGAACUUCAUUGCUUCAUCACUGGAAGCUUACAAAGGAGCAGAUAGCAUUGGUUGAAAAAGCUGGUUUUGGUUGGUUUAGGCUAGUAGGAUCAAUUAGUUUGAACAAUUCGCUUAUCUCUGCUCUUGUCGAGAGAUGGCGUAGAGAAACCAACACGUUUCACUUCCCCUGUGGCGAAAUGACAAUUACUCUCGAUGAGGUAUCGUUGAUUCUCGGUCUUGCUGUUGAUGGGAAACCUGUGGUUGGUGUUAAAGAAAAAGAUGAAGACCCUUCUCAAGUAUGUUUGAGACUUUUGGGGAAGCUACCAAAAGGAGAAUUAAGCGGUAAUCGAGUGACUGCUAAAUGGUUGAAGGAGAGUUUUGCAGAGUGUCCAAAAGGAGCUACCAUGAAAGAGAUUGAGUAUCACACUCGUGCGUAUCUUAUAUACAUUGUUGGGAGCACGAUAUUUGCAACUACAGAUCCCAGUAAGAUCUCUGUGGAUUACCUUAUCCUCUUUGAGGAUUUUGAGAAAGCUGGAGAAUAUGCUUGGGGUGCUGCCGCGCUAGCUUUCUUGUAUAGACAAAUUGGUAAUGCCUCUCAACGGUCUCAGAGUAUCAUUGGUGGUUGCUUGACUCUCUUACAGUGCUGGAGUUACUUCCACCUCAAUAUUGACCGGCCAAAGAGAACCACUCGUCAGUUUCCACUGGCACUUUUGUGGAAAGGAAGGCAACAGAGUCGAUCAAAGAAUGACUUGUUUAAGUAUCGCAAGGCACUUGACGAUUUAGAUCCAUCAAAUGUUAGUUGGUGUCCCUUUGAAGGAGACCUUGACAUUGUGCCACAAAGUUUCAAAGAUAAUCUACUACUUGGAAGGUCCAGAACAAAACUGAUUGGUCCAAAAGUAGUAGAAUGGCACUUCCCAGAUCGAUGCAUGAAGCAGUUUGGGCUGUGCCAAGUUAUCCCCGGAGAAGUUCCUCCCAGGAAAAACGAGAAAAACCAUGAUGAAGACUUACUGGAAGACAUGAACACAGCAGAUGAGGAAUGGAUGAGACGAAGGGAAAACAUCGUGGAGAAUGGAGGAGGUAACGGUGAUGAAAGUGAAUAUAUGCAGUGGUUCAAUAGCAUCACAGUCCCAAAGCUUCACAGAGAUACAAGUCUCGAAGCUGAUAUAAUGAACGUGCAAGCUGCUAUACUACAAUUUGACGAGGUGGCCUCAACGUUAUCAUUAGAGGAUCUACAUCCAGAGGAGAGAGAAGCAAUUGAAGAAGCAGUGAUGUCUAUGUCCAAUGCCUUGAGAGUAGGAGAUUGGUACGAGGCAUCAACAACUAAUAAACGAAAACGGAGAGAGGAACAACAACAAACGGAUUGGAGUGAAUGAGAAAAAAGAAGAAGAUCCUUCUGUUUUCUGGCUGAUCAGUUAGCUUCUCAGGCCUUCACUUAGAGAAAGAUGAUGUAAGUCCCAUCAUCAUCACUUGAGUUUAUGCUUUAACAAGCAUUCAUAUAUUCUGCUAAUUGUUUGACUUUAGAAGUAGAGAUCUCGGUUUGGUAUCUUAAAGAGUAGUACUAUUGUGGGUAAAUAAAUUCAAGUGAGGUUUUAAGUUUGUAUCUGUUUAAAGGGUAUUGCUACAGUCUACAGAUUUCCAUGGCAGCUGCAGAUUUGUAAGAAAUCAAUAUGUGCAAUAAAUUUCGAACCAGCUCAACAAGAGCAUUAGAUGAGAAGAUACGGAUACUGUCAAACGUUAAUACCAUGUCUGAUUUAAUAAGUUGGUGUUCUAAUCAGAGUAUAUUUAAAAUAC